AUAGCACUUUGUCCUCUCCGGCAAUAGAGUCUGAGCUGCUUAACACGACGGAAAAGUUACUCAGUGGACGGGAAACCAGCAUAUUUGAAACUCGUAUAAUCGGAAUUACCAGGGCUGUUGGACUAUACUUAUUUAUUAUUUUUGGACAAGCAAACAGGAACAAGAGAAGAGGCUCUGCAAUGAAGUUAACAGGAAUAUUUUUAUUAGUGAUGCUUUGGAGCUGCGAGAGCGCAAGAGUGGCAGAAAGCAGAGACGACAACAGUGUUUACGACCUGUUCGAGCUCGUUCAAGUGCCUAGGAAGAACCACGGGGUCAUGCUGGUGAAGGGCGACGACCCCUACAGUCCCGCCUACAAGAUCCUGAACCCGGACCUGAUCCCGCCGGUGCCCGAGGGCGCUUUCCGAGACCUGGUGGAUUCAGUGCAGGCGGAGCGCGGCUUCCUGUUCCUGGCCAACUUCAAGCAGGCGCGGCGCACCAGGGGCUCCCUGUUCACCGUGGAGAAGCGCGACGGCUCCGGCACCCUCUUCGAGGUGGUCUCCAAUGGCAAAGCCAACACGCUGGACAUGGUGUUCGCCACAGAAAACAAGCAGCAAGUGGUGUCCAUCGAGGAUGCAGAACUGGCCACGGGUCACUGGAAGAACAUUACGCUCUUCGUGCAGGAGGACAGGGUGCACUUCUAUGUCGGAUGUGAGGAGGUGAACAGCGCCGAGCUGGACGCGUCCAUCCAGAGCGUGCUCACUCCCGAGACGCCAAGCGUGGCCAACCUGAGGAUCGGCAAGGGAGCCAUUAAUGACAGAUUCAUGGGUGUGCUCCAAAACGUGCGAUUCGUUUUUGGGACCACGCUGGAUGCAAUACUGAGGAAUAAAGGAUGUCAGAACUCUGUUAAUGACAUUAUAACGCUACAUAAUCCAGUUAAUGGAUCCAGCCCAGCUAUCAGGACUGAUUAUACUGGCCACAAAACAAAAGAUUUGCAGAUGAUUUGUGGCUAUACCUGUGAGGACCUGGCUAGCAUGUUUAAGGAACUAAAGACCCUUGGUGUAAUGGUGAAAGACCUGACCGACCAGCUCCGCAAAGUGACAAAUGAGAACCCUUUGCUUGGUGGAAACUUGGGAAUCCAUACUGGUGUUUGUCUCCACAAUGGCAUUGUGCAUAAGAACAAGGAUGAAUGGACGGUGGAUGGCUGCACUGAGUGCACUUGCCAAAACUCUGCAACAGUGUGCCGUAAGAUUUCCUGUCCCUUGCUUCCCUGUGCCAAUGCAACUGUUCCUGAUGGUGAAUGCUGCCCUCGAUGUGGAACUCCCAGUGACUCUGCUGAGGAUGGCUGGUCCCCCUGGUCUGAAUGGACUCAUUGUUCUGUGUCCUGUGGAAGGGGCAUUCAGCAGCGUGGCCGCUCCUGCGACCGCAUCAAUAACAACUGUGAGGGCACAUCUGUGCAAACGAGAGACUGCUACCUCCAGGAGUGCGACAAGCGCUUUAAGCAAGAUGGCAACUGGAGCCACUGGUCACCGUGGUCCUCUUGCUCAGUUACCUGUGGAUCGGGAGUUAUCACACGCAUCCGUCUCUGCAACUCUCCUACUCCCCAGCUAGGAGGAAAGGAGUGUCAGGGCCAAGGCAGGCAGACUGAGAAAUGUGAGAAGUCGCCAUGUCCAAUAAAUGGUGGUUGGGGGCCAUGGUCACCUUGGGAUGCCUGUUCAGCAACCUGUGGGGGCGGUGUCCAAAAUCGCAAACGUCUUUGUAAUAGUCCAUCACCCAAGUACAAUGGCAAAGACUGUGUUGGUGAUGGAAAGGCAACUCAGCUGUGCAACAAUCAAGCAUGUCCUAUUGAUGGAUGUCUGUCCAAUCCCUGUUUUGCUGGAGCCAAGUGCACAAGCUUUCCAGAUGGGUCUUGGAAAUGCGGAAAAUGCCCAGUAGGUUACACUGGCAAUGGCAUUAACUGCAAAGACAUUGAUGAGUGCAAGGAGGUUCCUGAAGCUUGCUUCGAAUUUAAUGGAGUCCAUAGAUGUGAAAAUACAGUACCUGGCUACAACUGCCUGCCAUGUCCUCCACGCUACACUGGUCCACAGCCAUUUGGCCGUGGAGUGGAGGAAGCCGCUGCAAAGAAACAGGUAUGCACACCUCGUAAUCCCUGCCUUGAUGGAAGCCAUGACUGCAAUAAGAAUGCCCGCUGCAACUACCUGGGCCAUUUUGCAGACCCCAUGUUCCGCUGUGAGUGCAAGCCUGGCUAUGCUGGGAAUGGACACAUCUGUGGAGAGGACACAGAUCUGGAUGGCUGGCCUAAUGCUGACCUUGUGUGUGUGGAGAAUGCUACCUAUCACUGCAAGAAGGACAACUGCCCAAACCUUCCAAAUUCUGGUCAGGAGGAUUAUGACAAGGAUGGACUUGGUGAUGCUUGUGAUGACGAUGAUGAUGAUGAUGGCAUUCCUGAUGACAGGGACAACUGCCCAUUCGUUUUCAAUCCCAGACAGUAUGACUAUGACCGGGAUGAUGUUGGUGACCGCUGUGACAACUGUCCAUACAAUAGUAACCCUGACCAGACUGACACAGACAACAAUGGUGAAGGUGAUGCAUGUGCAGUGGACAUUGAUGGAGAUGGUAUUCUGAAUGAAAAGGAUAACUGUCCUUAUCUGUACAAUGUGGACCAGAAAGAUACUGAUCUAGAUGGGGUUGGUGACCAGUGUGAUAACUGCCCUCUGGAGCACAAUCCUGACCAGCUUGAUACAGACUCUGACCGUGUAGGAGAUAAGUGUGACAGCAAUCAGGACAUUGAUGAAGAUGGUCAUCAAAACAACCUGGACAACUGCCCUUAUAUUCCCAAUGCCAACCAGGCUGACCAUGAUAAAGAUGGCAAAGGAGAUGCUUGUGAUUUUGAUGAUGACAAUGAUGGCAUCCCUGAUGACAAAGAUAACUGUAGACUGGUUUCCAACCCAGAUCAGCUGGACACUGAUGGUGAUGGACGUGGUGAUGCUUGUAAAGAUGACUUUGACCAGGACAACGUUCUAGACAUCUAUGAUGUGUGCCCAGAGAACUUUGACAUCAGUGAGACUGACUUCCGCAAGUUCCAGAUGGUGCCUCUGGACCCCAAGGGCACUUCCCAGAUUGAUCCUAACUGGGUAGUCCGUCACCAAGGGAAAGAGUUGGUUCAGACAGUUAACUGUGACCCAGGCAUUGCUGUUGGCUUUGAUGAGUUUAACGCAGUGGACUUCAGUGGGACAUUCUUCAUAAAUACAGAGAGAGAUGAUGACUAUGCAGGAUUUGUGUUUGGUUACCAAUCCAGCUCCCGCUUCUAUGUGGUGAUGUGGAAGCAGAUAACUCAGACCUACUGGUCCAGUACACCCACCAAGGCACAGGGUUACUCAGGGCUGUCAAUCAAAGUGGUUAACUCAACCACUGGACCAGGUGAACACCUAAGGAAUGCCCUUUGGCACACUGGGGAUACUCCUGGACAGGUCCGCACUCUGUGGCAUGACCCUAAGAAUAUUGGUUGGAAGGACUUUACUGCCUACAGAUGGCACCUGACUCACAGACCAAGAACAGGACACAUAAGGGUUGUUAUGUAUGAAGGAAAGAAGAUCAUGGCAGAUUCUGGUAGAAUCUAUGACAAAACAUAUGCAGGUGGACGACUAGGUCUUUUUGUCUUCUCACAAGAGAUGGUAUACUUCUCAGACCUUAAAUAUGAAUGCAGAGAUGCAUAAUUGCACAGGCAGGAGGUUUUUGGAAGAUGGCACCUUUCUGUAUAAUUAAGAAUAUGUAUUCCAUGAAAAGUCCAGGGACAGAUUUUCCACUACAUUUUUCUGUGGCAUGCACUCUGGUGGGGAAACAAGUGGAUUUAUGGUAACCAAUGCUGGUUUGGACAGAGCCAGCAGAGCUGACUGGAGAUUCAGGACCCCUCCACCAAGACCAGGUAGAGCAGAAAAAAGCCCCCAGUUGCUUUGCUUGAUCGGAAAGACCAACCCCUCUAAAUAAACCUCAUUCAGGUCUGUGUGGGAAUGCCCCCCUGGUAGACAUCUAUGCACUUGAGUGCCUUCUCUCACUGUACUCAUUUUUCCCUGAAUGAAUAUCAAAAGAUGGGGCCAAUUCUUCCAAUUCUUCUUUAAUUCUCUGAAAUUUGCCCAGUAUAGUAAUUUAUUUCACUUGACAAUGACAACCUUGAACAGACUUUAAACAGGGUAUAGAUUUUAUCAUGCUAGGGUGAAUUACUAAUUAGCAAGUCUUUACAAAGUGGAUGUAAUGUUGUUUAUAAUGUUCAUGUUUGGAAAAUAUCAAAGUCAAGAUUUUAAAAUUUUAAUUGUGCUUAAAACAACAACAAAAAAAAACCCUAAAAUCUACACCUAGACCCUCAAAUUAAGUUGAGCCAAAUUCCUUAGCAGUGCCUCAAAUAAAAUUUUAGUUAAUUCCUAAAUAUGAGUGGAUAUAGAGAACUAGUUAAGUUAGUAGCCAUAGUUUUCUCAGGGUUAGACCGGAUCUUGACCAUUUCAGAUAACUCAGAAGGAGGCUAUGUUGAAGAAGGCUUGGACGAAGCCAGGUUCAGAAAUCACCAUUACAAAAAAAAUGUAGUAAGUUUUUAAAACUAAACCAUUAAGAUAAAACUGUAAAUGACACAUCUACAGUGAGAAUUGAACAUAAACACCUCUUUACAAAAUACUUUUUUUUUUUU